CUGCGAACAACCAUUUUGAAGUCCUUUGCGAAUUUGUUUUUCCGGGUAAUCGAUCGAGGACGUCCGCUUCAUAAUGUCUGACGCGGAAGGAGAUGGUAAGCCCGCUGCAACCCCAGCCGCCGCCGCCGCUGUUGGUGGUCCAAUGGAUGUUAACACAGCUCUGCAAGAAGUACUGAAAACUGCAUUGAUUCAUGACGGUCUUGCAAGGGGUUUGCAUGAAGCAGCCAAAGCUCUUGACAAACGACAAGCUCAUCUGUGUGUUCUUGCCAACAACUGUGAUGAACCAAUGUAUGUAAAGCUGGUGGAAGCUCUGUGUGCAGAGCAUGGUAUUAACCUUCUCAAAGUGGAUGACAAUAAAAAGCUUGGUGAAUGGGCCGGUCUAUGCAAGAUUGAUAGAGAGGGAAAAGCAAGAAAGAUUGUAGCAAGCAGCUGUGUAGUUGUGAAGGAUUAUGGUAAAGAUUCCCAAGCAUUAGAUGUGCUCAAUGAAUACUUUAAAUCUAAACGAUGAAGUCCUCACCAUCGCGGACAAGUUUAUCCAACGAUGUAGACAUUUUUUGUCUGUAUUUUCCAUCUUAAAAAUAUUUCCUAAUAAACUUGUCGUUGAAAGUUA